AUGAGCAAUUUCAACGUCUUGUUGAUCCUGGCAGAUAACCCAUUUGACCUUUUGGGCAAUGACGUUGAGGACGUGAACGAGGUUAACUCCGUCCCAAGAGAGAUUGUCAAGAAGAACACCUCCUCCAAGAAGGCUGAUGUUCCACCACCAUCUGCCAACAAGGACAAGGCCAGAAAGAACCGUCCACAACCAACCGGUAACGAUGCUGCUUUCAAGGACAAGAACGCUGGUAGAUCUGCCAACAAGUCCAGAUCUGUUGAUGAGUCAAAGGCCAAGGGCGCCAAGUCCAACAACAAGUCCAAGUUUGACCGUCACUCCAGAUCCGGUAAGACCGACUCUGACAAGAAGGUCAAGCAAGCUGGCUGGACUGCCGAUGCUGAAGGUGAGCUCGAGGCUGAGGUUGAAGGUGCUGAGGAUGCCCAAGAUGAGUUGAAGGAGGAGAAGGUUGCUAAGAAGUCCCUUGAGGACUACUUCAAGGAGCUUGAGGCUUCAAACACCUCCUCUCAACGUGAGGCCAGAAAGGUUGAGGCUGUCGAUGAGGCUGCUGUGAUCGUCAAGGUCGAAGAGGAGUUCAUCCCACAGACCAAGUCCAAGAAGGAGAAGUCUAAGACCCUCAAGACUAAGCAAUACUUGGACUUCUCUGCAACCUUUGCCGAUGAGGCUCCAGCUCAACACGAGUCCUCCUUCCGUGGUGGCCGUGGUGGCCGUGGCUCCUCUCGUGGUAACGCCAGAGGCUCCCGUGGUGGUAAGAACAACGCUGCUAGAACCCCAAGAGCUCCAAAGGCUUCCCACGCUACUGGUCCAAGCUUGACCGAGGAAAACUUCCCAUCUUUGGCUUAAACGUCAUUGAUAGAGAGAGGCGAGUAAAGGCUCCCCCGUUGUCUCUUGACCUGGGUAUUAUAUCUACUUGAAAAAAGAUAUCCAACUGCCGGUCCGAUCAUCAUCAUUCUAUGUAUAUCUUUUUUUCACCAAUCUACAAAAAGAAUAUAUGUAUAGUUCUUCUUAAAAAAAAAUAUGGAAAAGGGACCUAUUUUGUACGAUUGAAUGUGUGAACUGUACCGUUGUAACUUUUCUAUCUGGUAAUAGCGUAGAUAUCACCAAUGAAAUGGAU